GACUACAUAUUUAUAGCAGUAACGGUUAGUCCUGACUUUCGGAACAAAAUGCGUAUUAUGGUUUCAGUUAUACUCAGUGAUUUCUUUUAACUACCUUAAUGUUUUCCGUGGUGCGGACUUUUCGUUCUCAUUAUCAACAGAUUAUGAAGUAUUUCUCGAAAAUAAAUUUUUACUGACAUGAAUGUUUAAUUUAUUUUAAGUGAUGAAACAUUGAUAACCUGUGUAGGUUAAGGGACUAUCAACACGAGCGCUGAUUCAGUCAAAGGCCACGAUGACUUCCUAAUUUUUUACUAUUUCAGUGAAAUACAUGGUCUCUAUUUAGGCUGUCUUGUGGGACGUUUGAAAACUUUUUGAUGGCACGUGAUAUAACCGCAAAGACUUUAGCGUGCAAGAAUGAAAAUAAGAUGUUUCCUGUUUAAUAAGUUAAAACAGAGGUGCCUUCUGUUGCCCCUGUCCCUGUUGGUCGUUUGUUUGCUGAAGCUGUUCUACAUCAAGGUGACACUAAGGAACAGCUUCUACAUUGAGCCCUAUGGAAUCACCGGCAGCUAUUCACACAUUUCCAACCACCAGUACAACAUCAACUGCACUGCUAUCUACCAACUCGACCCUGUGGAGGUAGGGAAGAGCUUGGAAAUCCGGCGUAAAGUCAUCGUGGACUUGGAAGAUGAAACCAUUGUGUCUUUGACUUCAAACUGUCAGAGGUACAUUGAGAUAAGAGGAUAUGAUGUCAUCACAGUUUCGGAGGAAGAGCGAGGAUUCCCCCUGGCAUACUCCCUUGUGGUGCAUAAGAACGCUCCAAUGGUGGAGAGAAUCUUUAGGGCCAUUUAUGCCCCUCACAACCUCUACUGCAUCCACUACGACCAGAAGUCCUCACAGAGUUUCAUAGCAGCUAUGAGGAACCUGGCCCAGUGUUUGCCUAACCUGUUCAUAGCUUCCAAGUUGGAGUCUGUCCAGUAUGCCCACAUCACCCGGCUAAACGCAGACCUCAACUGUCUAAAUGACCUGCUGGAGAGGUCAGAGUUGAAAUGGAAGUAUGUCAUUAACCUCUGCGGUCAGGACUUCCCCCUCAGAUCGAACCGUGAGCUGGUGUCAGAGCUGCGGGCUCUGAAUGGUUCCAACAUGCUGGAGACAUCCCGUCCUAGCGAGCUGAAGCAACAACGUUUCCGUUUUCAGCAUGAGCUGAAGGAAGUGCCCUAUGAGUACCAACGCUUACCAGUUCGAACCACAUAUGCUAAGGCACCUCCACCACACAACAUAGAGAUUUUCAUUGGUAGCGCCUAUUUCGUCCUCUCGCGAAACUUUGUCGAUUACAUCGGAACCAGCCCUGUGGCGAAGGACCUAUUGGAAUGGUCAGUUGACACGUACUCUCCGGACGAACACUUCUGGGCAACGCUGACGAGAAUGCCGGGUGUACCGGGAGAGAUCCCCCGGUCUGCACCGGAUGUGACAGACUUGAAGAGUAAAACACGGCUGGUGAAGUGGAAUUAUCUGGAAGGAUCUCUGUACCCUCCCUGCACGGGGACACACAUGCGGAGUGUUUGUAUCUACGGGGCUGCAGAGCUGAGGUGGUUACUAAACUAUGGCCAUUGGUUCGCUAACAAGUUUGACCCCAAAGUGGACCCGGUGCUUAUUAAGUGCUUGGAAGAGAAAUUGGAAGAGAAGAGAAAACACUUUGGAAACAUAUGGGGGUAGUGAAAACAUAAAAACAACUUCUGUUAAAGACGUGAUUGUAGAUCAAACCAUUGACAAUUUGUUGGUUUAUUUGGAAGAUUUUCCAGUACAGCAGAUAUUCUGUUAAGAACCUUUGCUUCAAUGGGAGAAAACAAGGAAUAGGUUCAGCAGUAGGAAGGAUAUUGCCCUUAGUCUACAGAAUACAUUUUAUUUUCCAGUUGUGUUCAUACAGUAUGGGCAAGGUUAGGUUAUUGACAUGUGUGCUAGUAAGUAGGCUGCUAAAAUGGUUCUGCAUCUUUCCAAAUCUUCAACUGGUGUGCUUAGGAUUCUUCCAUCCUGCAUUUAUCACAAAGUGCUUCACAAAUACCCAGCUUGAUACUCCGAAGAGCAACAAAUAAGAGUCUCAUAUCAGAUGGUGUCAUUACGAUUCCUCAUUUUCACUACUUUUAAUGUUCGUUCUUGUGUUUGUAUUCCUCUGCUGGUUCUUGUUCCUGCUUGUCCAAGUGCCUCACUUUUUAUUUUUCUUGAGAUUCUUGUGUUUUAUGACAUUUUGUAUUCUUGUUUCCUAAACCAAAGCUGCUCCUCACAUCCUUCUUGGCUAGUUUCACAGUUUUUUCUCAAUUGUACUAUCUUAGAGAUUGGCUAACACCUGGUACCUAUUGAACAGGCAGACGAAGAACUAAUGACCCAUCCUUACGGUUGCUAGUUUUUGUGUUCAUGUAAUGUUGGUGCUUAUUUGUUGACUUUUAUUCUUCAAUCUUGCUGUAUCUUCUCUUUGCUUAUUAUGCCCAUUCAAUUACCCAUUACAGUUAUAAUGUCGGUUGUGUUGGUAGCCUGUCAGGCACAACUUACAGUUGUUUGUUGAACACAUUUUUGGCAUGGUUAGUUUCUCAAGUUUAAAACCCGGGUGUCAGGAUUCUGUUGCUAUGGAUUCCCGUUCAAUCAAGCAUGCUAUCAUUAUAUUUACUUAAUAUCUGCACCUUAUCUAGUUUAGACUUAAUAUCUGCAACCUGUAUUGUAUCCAACUUACUACUGUGUUAAGUGUUUUAUCUAGUUGUUAUCUACCCCAACUUGAAUAAUACGUGCACUGCAGGACAUGCUUAUAAUGUAGGUCUAUGUUAAGUGCUCUAUUGUACCUGAAUUUCCCUAUUUUUACGUAGCGUUCUUACGUUUCAUAUCCCUAUCACAGAGAUCUUAGAGAUCUCUUACACAUCGUUGCAUUUGUCCAAUAAUGUUUCUUUAGUAUAGGUUUCAGUAACCAACCUUUUUUGUUGUGGGGGAGUUACCUCCAUACCCACCACAACAUGGAUGACCACCUUCCCUUGGACCAGCCUGACUGAACGUGCAGGAGGUAGCUAAGAACUCAGGGUCAUUGGAGUAUACAAGCCUCUCCACCACAUCAACGGGACAUUCCAGAAGUGCUUAAACUGGUUUACCUUUCUGUUUUUCAAGUAUUGAAAUACAAUAGAACUGUUUGAAUGAAAGGCUUUGCCCAACUGUUUUUUGAAUGUGAAACAUGGAUGUUUCAGUGGAUAAUGAACCAAGCCAAUUUAGUGCCUGAAGGUCUGUAGUACUAUAGGGGAUAUCAAAACAUAGAAAAACUUCUGGCUCUGGCUCAACCCAUCGGUUUCUAAGACCAAUCAGAUUUCAUGUGGUAAAAAUGCUUGACCACACCUACAAUACCAAAGACAUUCAACAACAGUAACAAAAACAUCAAAGCUGGUUGCCAGGUUUUUAAAAGUUUUCAUACAUUUGUCAACAAGGCGAUGGUGUGUGUUAGUGAAGCAGAGCUUGAUACCACAGUAAGUUACAAGGUUGACAUAUCUUAUCAUUAAUUAUUUAUCUGUUAAUAAAACACAAUGUGGAAAUUUUUCAAUG